GUAUGGAGAAAAAUCCUGGCUGAACAAGCCCGAGUGCCAGAGCAUCACACAGCCCUUCUGCAACCUCACUCGUGAAACAGAAAACUUCACAGAGCACUACUAUGCCAGGGUGAGGGCCACUGCCCAGAACCACUGCUCCUCCAACUGGGUACGCUCAGAAAGAUUUGAGCCCAGGAAAGAGACUGUUAUUGGAGCACCAACAGUGGAGUACAUUCCUUAUGUACGCUCCAUAAAGUUCCUUAUCCGGCCCCCCUACACUCCGCUGAGAGGCGAGGAUGAGCGCCAGCUAACCAUAGAGGAUGUUUAUAGCAAACUUGGUGCUGUGGAGUAUCACUUAACAAUAUUCAACCAAAGGACACACCAAAAGUGGACAAAGAAUGAGCACAACAAAGAAUUUGAAGUUUCCAACUUGGACCCAGCCACUGACUAUAACGGAACAGUGUAUAUCUCUCUCCUCCAGAGAAGCAGCAAAUCUCAAGUGUUUUGGGUUAGAACACUAGCAGACCACACGUGGCUCCUGUACUGCUCCGUGGCACUCACCCUCUGUGCUGGACUGGUGUUUGCUGCCGUUACCUUUGGGAUCUACAAGUACGUCAAGCAGCAGAGUGUGCAGCCCAUGUCUCUGGACUUCAGAGGGAUUUCAUCAUUCCAGCCUCUUACACUGACAGUGGAACAUAUUAUAAAGCCCAUUACUUUAUCCAAACCUUCGCUUCUCAUCCCUGAAGUGCAGCUACCACAGAUCAGCCAACAUUUGGACACAGCACUGGAGCCGCCAUGGUCUUCCCAUCCACCAGAGACUGCCUAUCAGCAGCAGUCAGAUGUGCCAACGCUCCGGCCGCCCGCACGGCCACCCUGUGUGCCCACUGCAGCUCCCAUCAGUUACACUCCUCAAAGAGACCAGCAGAGCAUUCUCACUGCCACAUCCAGCAAAGUCCUGCAGAGCAUUCCCGCUGCCACAUCCAGCAAAGUCCUGCCCCUCACCUAUGGGGUGUGUGUCGACAGCACAGACCAUGCGGACAAGGAGAAUUUACAGCCAGACCAAAUGCUGAAGGAAGUCCCUCCAGAAUGUUCUGCUGGUGGGAAGCUCAUAAAACAGGUGCUGGGCAAGAGCCACAACCACUGGAAUUACAAAGAACAGGGGCCAAACCUGGCACUGUGGAACAGCAGUGACACAGGGGAGACAGUUCUCUUACAGGGGAGCCCUGAGCAAACACAGCAGCUGCUGCUGCAGACUGAUGGGAUGGGAAGGAAAGUGCCUGUAUCCCGGCUGUCACUGCCUUUGCUGGAACAACGAGGAUGCUACAGACAACAGACAGAACUGCCUGCAGUGAGAGCUGACACAGACUGUGCUCCAGAGGACAAGUUGUCACCUCUGUCAGCAGCUCUCCUUUUCUCAGUCAAUUCUGGCAACAGCUUCCUUGGAGAGAACACCCCGGAGCGGUGGGUGUUGCCAGGUUCAUUCUUACAUCCUGCAAAUAAACUGCAGUUCCCAGAGACUCAAGAAAUGGAAAUGUUAACAGCAAUAAAGGAGCUCAGCUGCACAAAACUGAGCAUGUCCCAAGACACUGCCGCAGGCCGGGACAGCGGCACUCCUCUCACUAUGCUGUUCAAAGACCUGGACUUGAAAGUAAUGUGGGAUCAGGAUGAAAACAUGGAAUUUUAUUAG